CGCGCCUCAUUCUUGUUUUGUUCUAUUUAGCUGCGCGCUUGUCGCCGGAUUAGAUUGUGUAGACAACAUGAAUUUUUCCUGCUAAAUUACGGAGAGAGCUAAUUUGAACAAGAAAUUUCUUUAGUGUGACAAGUUAAAGUAUUGUUAGACCGACAAUAGAAGUAUUGAAAGUAAUAGAAAAAUGGAUAAUUUCUUGCGUAGUUCCAGUUUCAGCCAGGAGACGGCUUUGCUUUUCACUAGCGAAAAGGUCGCCUUAGCUCGUAACAAGAUUGUUGAUGCCCUGAAUGAUUCACUAACUGCUAAUGCAGUCGGAAAAUGUGAAAUAAUUGCGAAGGUUCAAGAACUGAUUUUGCACUCGGAAUCGGAACUGUUAUUGGAAUUCCUGGACAAUAUUCUAGCAUUUGCUCAUGAUCCCAAUCAGGAUGUUCGCAAAGCUGUAGCCGGUUUUAUUGAAGAGAUAUGCAAAACUGACAUUAGCUUUUUGCCAAACGUAGUUAACACGUUGUUUGCGCUGCUACGAGACUCAGCUCCGAGUGUUUCGAAACGAGUUAUUCAAGGAUGCGGAACCAUCUACAAACAGGCACUGGUGUGGAUUUGUUCCCUGACAGAUAUUACCGAAGAAGUCGAACAGGCGUGGAACACACUGUGCCUGAUAAAGGCUUCAAUUCUUGACAUGAUCGAUAAUGAUAACGAUGGGAUUAGAACAAACGCGAUCAAGUUUCUGGAAGGAGUGGUCAUACUUCAAACUUAUCCGGAUGAAGACACAAUGAAACGAGAUAAUGAUUUUUCUUUGGAAAACGUUCCUCUAACUUUGAAAAUUGCUCGAAGACGCAAGUUGGAAGAUGAAGCCGUUAACAUUUUUGAGUUGCUUCUGCAGUUUCAUGCUGCAUCGCACAUCUCUUCGAUGAAUUUGCAAGCCUGCACCGGAACACUUUGUCUCAUAGCCCGAAUGCGUCCUUCGAUGAUGAAUCAAGUUGUUGAAGCACUGAAAAACUUGCACUCGAAUCUGCCGCCAACACUGUCCAAUUUUCAAGUUAGUUCUGUUCGUAAGAAUCUGAAACUGCGAUUUCUGGAUCUGCUGAAACAUCCGGCGUGCUUCGAGCACCAGACCAGCAUUGCCCAAAUACUGCAGGAUCUUGGUGCGUCAAACAGUGAAAUUGGGCGUGCAAUUCCAAAAUUAGACCGACGUGAACAGCAACGGCGUGCAAAGCGUGCUUUGGAAAAUUCUUCCUCAGAGUUUGCCGCAAAGAAAGCCAAACUCGGUGAACACAUGCGACGGGAAAAGGAACGAGCAGCGCCUCGUCAGAUGGAAAUCGACUACGACGAACUUAACGAACAAAAGGCUAAGUCGAAUGUUUUGAAUGAACAAUUCUUGGUCGACAAUUUACAAAAACUUGAAGCCGUUGUGCAACUGGUGAUGAGCACCAUGUCCAAGCUGCCAUCCGAAGUACCGCAAGCCUUUCUGCAAUCCUAUACACCUUCACCGAACGUUACGGUGGCUCAGCAAAUCCAAAAGAUUGUUCCUAGUUUAGCGCAGCAAAUGACCGAUGUGCGUACCGGUCCCGGCUCAGCAGCUCUGUCCAAAGAACCGCCAAUGCGUCCAAAGAUAAGCGACGACGAAGAGAGGAGCAUCAUUCACGCGAACCGACGCCGUGAUCCCGACGGAGCCGACGAUGACGACAACGAAGAGGACAGAAGAUUACGAGAAUCGUUGGAACGCGUGAAAGGUGUUGCUGCCGGUGAACCCAGGAUGAAGGCUAAAGUCAAAGUCCUGCGUCUUCAGGAUAUCACGAAACCACAGCCCCGUGAUUUGAGAUUUAACUUUUUGAAUGAUGCCGUCAAAAGAGUGUUGAAAGCUGAAAAGACGGCCCUGAUCGGUGGGAUUGCCUUGAAGCGAAGACGAAUCGUUACGGUAUUCGGAUCUAGUUUCAUGCCCACAGUUCGGGAUUCGAUUCUGGAGUUUAUUCUCCAGGACAUUAGCAAACGUUUGGAUUUGGCUUUCUCGUGGAUUUUUGAGGAGUACAGUUUACUGCAGGGUUUCACGCGUCACACGUACAUCAAAUCCGAGAUGAAAGCCGAUUUUGCCUAUACACAACUGUUGCUGAAAAUUUUGACCAGUCUUAUCGAACGCGAGGAUUUCCGUGAGAAAGAAUCUUUGCUGAAAAGAUUCUACCUCGAAGCUCCGAUGCUUCCGGAUGACGUUAUCGCUUUGUUGACCCAGAUGUGCCAACUGGAAGAGUUGGCUGAUUGUGGGAUGCAAAUCACGAAAGAUUUGCUCAUCAGGCGGCCUCCCAAGGAGAAAGCCUAUUUGGAAAUUCUGAUAAAAUAUUCAGUUUUUGAAAAUAGCAUUAUUCGUGAGAAAGCUAUCCACUAUUUGAUGCACAUCUAUUCGCUUCAUCGUAUAUUGACAGGUGAAAUGGAAAAACACGCGUUGCUGUGGUUAGGUUAUCUAGAGCAUGAAUCUCCUCCGGAAGCAAUUUUCGCGAUGGAAUUGGGUCGUUAUGAACACGCACGGAUUUGGAGCGAUGAACUAGCAAAAACAUGUCUGGGAUUAUUUUUGGAAAUAUUGGUUUACAACCAGGAAAUGAUUCACAGGCUGUCGGAAGUGUACAUAAAGGCUACAUCGGACAUGAAAAGGGCAAUGUUGAGAGCGAUUGAAGCACCGGUAAGGAAGAUCGGUGCUGAUAGUGAGGAACUGUUGAAGCUGAUCGAGCAGUGUCCGAAAGGAUCGGAAACUAUAAUCACCAGAAUUAUUUACAUUCUAACAGAGAAAACAAUACCUACUCCGGAACUGGUUGAGCGCGUUCGGAAUUUACACCACACUAAAGUGUCGGACGUUCGCCUGUUGAUUCCGGUCAUCAACGGACUUACGAAGAAGGAAAUUCUCAGCGCCCUACCGAAGCUGAUCAAGCUUAAUCCGGUGGUGGUGAAAGAAGUUUUCAACCGAUUGCUGGGUGUUGGCGCCGAAUACAGCAGUUCAAAUCUACCGAUCACACCGGCCGAGUUGCUGAUUGCCCUGCAUACCAUCGACACUAGCAAGGUCGAGUUGAAAUGGGUUGUGAAAGCCACCUCUCUUUGUUUGGCCGAAAAGGAAACCUACACCCAUGACAUUCUGGGCAACGUCGUUCAGCAGCUGGUCGAGUUGACUCCGUUGCCGACUCUUCUAAUGCGAACCGUUAUUCAAUCUUUGACGCUGCAUUCCCGAUUGGCCGGAUUCAUAACGAAUCUUCUGCAGCGUCUCAUUCUAAAGCAAGUCUGGAAACAGAAAGUCGUUUGGGACGGGUUUCUGAAAUGUGCUCAGCGAUUAGCACCGCAAAGUAUGGGCAUAUUGAUUCAGCUUCCUUCAGCCCAGUUGCAGGAUGCCCUGAACAUAUGCCCGGAGUUUAGAGAACCAAUGCUAGAACAUGCUCGGGAAAUUAUGGAACACCAGAUCGGCCACGUUUCGCAAGAUCGGAUGGAUGUGCUGUUAGGAAUAUCGCCGCAUAAUCCAUCCGAAACCACUGAAUUACAGAUUGUGGGCAACUACAGCGAGGAUGCGCCUAUGACUACCCAUUUACCUGUACUUGUUAAGCAGGAGAAGGACGUUGAGCGCCCUGAGCCGGCACCACCGGGCAUGGACUAAGCUGCGAGUCACUUGUGUAUGGAUGUUAUUGUACGAGCUCAGCUUUGCAGUUAAUUAAAAAUUAUAAUAAAUACAUAAUUGAUAAUUUGAA